CGGCGGCGGCGGCGGCGGCGGCUAUGAAGUGGCCCCCGGUGGCCCGGAGCCCGAGCGUACCGAAGCAGGGAAGCGAGGGAGCCCAGCGCCCGGGCCCCGGGCAGCACCAGCGGGGUGCCGCGUCUGGGGAUUAAGGGCUGGAGGGAACUGCGCGAUGGAGCUGGAGCGAGCCGGGGAGGAUUCAGACUCGCGAAGCCAGGCCUCCAUCCCUCUGGGGCCCUGAGCUCCCCCCGGACAGCUGCGCUCUCUCUGGACUCCAGCCUGACCAGACUUCCUAAACCUGCUUCUGCAAUGGGUGGGUUGUAAGCGCUGGUAAUGAGGAGCUGUGGGUCCAGUCAGCCUUGGAGAUGCCGAAGAGACGGGACAUCCUUGCUAUCGUGCUCAUUGUGCUGCCCUGGACGCUGCUCAUCACUGUCUGGCAUCAGAGCCCCAUUGCUCCACUGCUCACUGUGCACAAGGAUGACGGGAGUGACUCCAGGCGGGACCCCAGCGCGGACUCCCGGGAGUACUGCAUGUCCGACCGGGACAUCGUGGAGGUGGUGAGGACCGAGUACGUGUACACGCGUCCCCCGCCCUGGUCAGACACGCUGCCCACCAUCCACGUGGUCACCCCCACCUACAGCCGCCCAGUGCAGAAGGCCGAGCUGACGCGGCUGGCCAAUACCCUGCUCCACGUCCAGAACCUCCACUGGCUGGUGGUGGAGGACGCCCCGCGCCGCACGCCCCUGACUGCGCGCCUCCUCCGGGACACCGGCCUCAACUACACCCACCUGCACGUGGAGACGCCGCGGAACUACAAGCUGCGGGGGGACGCCAGGGACCCGCGCAUCCCGCGGGGCACCAUGCAGCGCAACCUGGCCCUGCGCUGGCUCCGGGAGACCUUCCCUCGCAACGCCAGUCAGCCCGGCGUGGUCUACUUCGCUGACGACGACAACACCUACAGCCUGGAGCUCUUUGAGGAGAUGCGCAGCACAAGGAAGGUGUCCGUGUGGCCCGUGGCCUUUGUGGGAGGUCUUCGCUAUGAAUCCCCGCGGGUGAAUGGGGCAGGGAAAGUCAUUGGAUGGAAGACCGUUUUUGACCCCCACCGGCCAUUUGCCAUUGAUAUGGCUGGCUUCGCGGUCAACCUCCGGCUCAUCCUGCAACGGAGUCAAGCCUACUUCAAGCUUCGAGGAGUCAAGGGCGGCUACCAGGAGAGCAGCCUUCUCCGUGAGCUCGUCACCCUCAAUGACCUGGAGCCCAAGGCUGCCAACUGCACCAAGAUUCUCGUCUGGCACACACGAACAGAGAAGCCGGUGCUGGUGAACGAGGGGAGAAAAGGCUUCACUGACCCCAAUGUGGAGAUCUGACACAGGGGACCCAGGAGACUCCCUCUCAAAGACCCUGCUCUUGGCCCAAGAGCACUCUCCCCCCCGGCCGUGGGGGCCCUCAUGGCAGACUCCUGAGCAAUCCCUGUCACCUGUCCUUCCAUCCUGGAGGCUUACAGAGGAAGCCUAAUGGGACAUAAGGAAUUAAGAAAAAAUCAUCGAAAGCACAGAAACCCCAGGCUUGUUGUUCUCUUCUGCCCAAGAUGACCAAGAGAUUGAGUGGGAGAUCCUGGGAAGUGGGGAGUCCCGCCGAUGUCAAGCAGGAGCCCUGGGGAGACGGCCCAAUGCCUCUGCAUUCUUCCUGAAGAAUUUCCCAGCCCACACCCAGGCCCGAAGCUGCCACCAAGAUUGUGACCCCAAAUGACUCGGUGUGGGAGCUAGCGGGGGCCACAGGAGGCACCCACGGGGAGAAGUGCUCCCUUUCUCUUGGCUCCUUCCACUCCAGCUGGGAUGUAUAACAUUGCACAACACAGGACAGCCAGAGCGUUUCAAAAACCCAGAAAUGACUGAGAGAACAUGUGAAAUCUCUCCUCCCUCUGCCCCUUCCUUCCCCCAGCUCCUCUCCUUGUCUCCUUCCUGCGAGUUGUUCCAGAAUCAGACAUACCUCUCUCCAGCCUGGGUGGAUUUCUUUGGUUCAUGUUUACAGAACUUUUGGCUGUGUUAAACCCUGGCACCUGACUAACCUUGUCUGGGGGCCUGAUCCUGUUGGCAGGCACCUACCUCAGGUUGCAAUGGAACUGGCUUUUCUGUUCUGUCCCUUCUCAGAACCAGCACCAGUUGAGACACCACCUCUUGCACUAGGAAGAAAUCAAGUAACCCUGUUCUAAAAUGCUGAACCUGGGUUAUAGCAAGGCCCCUUUCCUAGAGUCAGCCAGGAUAGGGAAAGGCGUAUGGAAAGGGGAAGGGGCCGAGAUGGUCCAGCAAGGCUGGAAUCCCUUUCCCUGUGUCUCUGAGACUAGUCAGUCAACCAUCAGGCCUGAGAAUAUUAGGAAUACCUGCCCAAAGGUGGGGAGAGGGAAAAGAGAAGGGGGAUGGAAGCAGAGUACAGGUAGAGAUUCCUUCUAGCUGAGCACAGGACAUGGGAUUGGGACGAUGUGGUGUGGCUCUGUGGCUGUCACCCACCCCUUCAAUUUUGUGAGCUUCAGAAUAAUAGCAGGGACCGAAGGAAAACAGCCAAGAUAACCUGGAUGCUGAACAGGGAGAGGAGCUGAGCACAGAUGAUAGAUUGGAAAUUAUUUUUUAAAAAACAAAAUGGAGAGAAAAACUUACCUUCUCAUUGAGCCAGGAGCAGCCAGAUCAAGCUCCCUUUAUUUCCAAAAGUCACUGGCCGCCUCAUUCCUUCUCCACACCACAGAACAAAACAAAUCUCCUUCCUCCCUUUUCACCCCCUCCAGUUCCAUUAACUACCACACCUUGGGCUUGUGGUUUUCGGUUUGUAGAACAUAAAGGCUCUCCCACUGGAUUGCUCUGAUAGAACCCUGCCCCAAAUUCUUUCCCUUCUUUCCUAUUCUCCUGGCUGCCCCAUCUAUUUUUCAUCCAUAAUUUCUCUCUCCCAUUCCAUUCCCUCCUUCCUUCUCUUUCACUCUCCCCUUUGAAAGUUGGAAGCACAAUUUUCCUCCAUGAUGAAGGAAAAAGAAGGGAUCCUACAAAAACAGACUAAUUUUUCUUAACCCCUAACAGCCAAUAUCAUAUUUAAACUUAUCGGGUGUCUCUUGAGGACUAAGGGGUAUGCAUGACCCACUCCUGAGUUGGAAUGGGUUUUCAGAGGGGCAGCCUUGCAGUGUUAUCCUAUUAUUUAAAAAUGAUAGUGGUGACUGCCAAUUUUGAGAUGUACUUUUAAUGUCCCUCAAUAUUUAUAAAGUCACCUCAGAUGGAAAGCAGGAAACUGGAACUGAGCUGAGCAUGAACUGGGUUUUUCCCAACAGCUUUUAUUUAAUUGUUUCUUUAAAUUUAGGGUUGGUUUUAUUUUUGUGGGUUUUUUUUUUUUUUUUUGCUGUUAUUUUUGUUUUAGGAAGCACCUCCUGUUGGGUGAAGAUGGGUUAAGAGAGACAGAAAAUUUCAGGAUAGGCUGAAUUACAGUUUCCCUGAGCCUGGGCCCGGAUAGGACAAGAGACCACCAUCAUGCCCCUUUCUAGGAACCAGCCCUGGUAGUCCAAUUUAGGCAGGGCAUUGGCUGGUCUUAGCAAAAGCAGAUCUGCCCGAUCAGAAACCCAUGCCUCCUUUUCAAACAAAAGUAAACAGAAAAGGAGGAAGGGGGAACAUUAAAAAAUAACACCAAAAUUUCCAGAUGCUAGUCUAGUAGUUCUCACCAAGAAUCUUCUUUUUGCUGCAUGUAUAUUUAUUUAUAAUCAUCAUCCCAGAAGAUUGCAGCUUUCAUCUUUGCUGGGGAAUGAACUUGUUGUAGAGCAGAGGGCCCGUGUCCCUGACUGUAAACGUUAGCUCCAAACCCAGUCCCUUCCCUCACCUGGGGACCCCCACCUCAGGGGGAGUGAUGCCAGUAGGACUGGGAGAUCCCAGGAACAUAGGCUGAGUGAGAUGGAGCCUCUUUCAGCUGCACCAUCUCUUCUCAGUUUUAAUUGAACUGUAUUUAAUUUCUUUUAAAAAUUAAAAGUCAAAUAUGGUUUUUAACAGUCAUAA